CAACAUGGCGGCCCAUCGUAUGCUUUCACGAGUACUCGUUUCUUCUGGAAAGUUUCUCUCCUUAGGAACGGUUUCUUCGUCGUUUAGGCCGGAGGCUUUCAAGCAACUGGCCAAGAUAGGUAAUUUAUCAAGUUUUGUCAAGAAUCAAACAGGAACAUUUUCUACAUGCAACAUCCAAGCUUAUAUGUGGAAAACUGGUUUACCAGGGGCUAAGCAUCAGCAAAAAUAUUUCUUGUCCUCACCAAGCAUCUUUGCUUUUGACUCUGUGGGAAACUUUGCAAAGCAAUCACUAAUGGCUGACAUUCCUAGCAGUUUAGUUAUUCCAAAAAGAUGUGUCAACAGCCGCAACAAGCAUGGCAAACCAAAGACUUGUAAAGCUGUUGCAAACAGGUUUUUUAGAACAAGUGAUGGAAAUUUGAAAUUUUGGAGGCCAGGCAAGAAUCAUAAGAUGAUGAAGAAAGGGCCAAAGAGAAGUCGCCAACUGAGAAAGCCAGUUUUGUGCAACAAGAGACAACUUAAAUUGUACAACAAAAUGUUAGGCCGGGGAGGACGCUAAAGUUGUUUUGCCAUCCAGUU